UUCAAUAUGCUUUGCGCAGUGGAGACUAUAUAAAUCUUAUUGAUUCCAAAUUAUUGCAAAUGAACUACAACGAAAAGGAAAUGAAAGCAAUGAUUUCUUGUGCUGCGGCUUGCAUAUAUAAACCUUCAAACUCUCGUCCAAAAAUGAAUCAGAUAGUUCGAGCACUUGAAGGAUAUAUGUGUAUAGAGGAAAUAUGGAACGAGAAGAAUGACAACAUAUUCCUGAAAGAUAAUCCUAAGUCUAAUGGAUCUCAUAAUGUUGAGCCCAAUGGAUCUCAUAAAUCGAAACCUCUUAUCAGCUCAGAAGCUAGUGGAUCUCAUAAUAUUGAGUUCAAUGGAUCUCAGAAACUGAAGUCUCUGGUCAGUUCAGAAGCUAAUAAUGGCAUUGAACAGAAGGAAUUUACUCAUCGAGAACCCUUGGUGGCAAUUAAUGGAUCCUCUAAUGCCACUAAUUUCACUGAGAGGUUUCAAGAUUAUCGGCAGAGGAAAAUUAAUUUUCAAGAAGAUAAUCAGCCGAGAAGAUUUACUUAUCAAGAACUAACAAUGGCAACUGGAGGUUUCUCGGAGGACAACCGUCUUGACGAGGGUCCUUGGGGUCAAGUCUAUAAGGGAGACCUAAAUGGUGAAAAGGUGAAAGUUAAGAAAUUUAAUAAUCCUAAGAAGCAAGAAGAAGAAUACACGAAGAUGAAAGCUGUUGCCAGUGGUUUCCGUCACAGAAGUCUUGUUAACCUUAUUGGAUACUGCGAAGAAGGAGCCAAUAGACUGCUUGUUUAUGAGUUUGUUCCACUGGGCAAAUCCUUGAGAAAUUAUUUUGAUGGUAUGCCCCUAACGAACUUGUACUAUGGCUUUGCGGGAAACUAUGCUUGUGGUGUCAUAUCCAAAGACCAUGUCUAUCCCAAAAUCUGAAGACAAUAGCCCAUAUUACUAAUCCAAAAACAAUCUGUAAGCUAUUAGGUUUCUAGCUGUAGGUCUAUAUUAUUAAUCCAAAAUCUGAAGACAAAGCCCAUAUUCUAUUCCUUUUGGGCCUUUGGAAUAUUUACUUGGACAUUUCAGUUUGCGAUUUGUCGUCCUAA